AUGCGGCUAUCGUGGACGUGUACCGGGCAGCUCCUGGUGCUGCUGCUCUCGGUGCUUCGUUUUUCAGCAGCAGCAGCCAAUCUCGCAAACAACAAAACGCUAGCGAAACUCACCGGACAGUUGCAGUCCGCAUCCUUCACCCACACCGAGCUGCUGAUAGGUGCGACAGCCGAAAUCCUACUGCAGCACUACACCACCUUGACCAGCAAGCAGCUGUACGUGCGCUGGGAGGAUGGCGCUUCAGGCCCGCUAGUCGACGAGAUCCUGCGACGCACCGCCACCCAUCUGUCCGUGCUGGUCGAGCGGGAUCCACCGGCGACGCCGGCCGACGGGCUCGACCAGUCCCACCACCCGCAGCUGCGCCUGCUCAACCUGCUGCUCGUGACGGACCGCGCCGAGUUCGAUCACGUUGUCGCCGGCCUUACCGACGAGCUGUACGACUAUUCCGGCCUCUACACGGUGCUGCUGGUCGGUGCGUCCAGCAAGCGCCAGCACCUGGAAACGGCCGGCAUCAUCCUGCGCACCCUCUGGGCACUGUACAUCGUGAACGUGGUGGUGCUGAUAGGGGACGGGCGACAGCAGCAGGCGGACGGUGACGAUGACGACGAUGACGUGCGGCUCUACACGUACUUCCCGUACGGCGAGGAUUACUGCGAGCGUGCCCUGCCCGUGGUGUGGAACGUGUACGAACGGGGCGUCGGCUUUGUGCAUCGCGAGCACAGCCCGUUCCCCCCGAAGCUGGACAACUUUUACCACUGCCCGCUGGCGGUGGCCACCUUUCCCGUGUAUCCCUUCAUCAUACCGAGCGCGAUGAUGGCGGACCUAUGGCCGGGUCAUCCCGAGCGCACCGAGCAGGAGGAGGAGGAGGACCUGAAAGGCAUCGAGGCGAUGGUGCUGCGGACGCUGCGCCAGCGGCUCAACUUUCGGCUGCAGCUGAUGAACGUCGAUCCGCCCGACUGGGGUACGGCUGGGCCGCGCGAUCAGGCCACCGGAGCCUCCGCUUACGUAAGUAGUACCGAAGAGCCCGAGAAACCGUGUCCUUCUGCUUCGCAAAGAACUGCUGUGCAAACUCCUAACCUCACAAAACAGAUUCGACAUCUUCGCGCGAACCUAACGAUCGGCUACUGGGCGACGACCCUGCACCGCAACCGGUACAUGGCGAGCAGCUUCGCCUACUACACCUCCCAGCUGGUGCUGGCCGUACCGCCCGGCGCACCGUACACCUCGCUGGAGCUGCUCCGCUGCCCGCUCGCCAAACCGAUCUGGACGUUUCUGCUCUGCUCGCUCGCGGCCGGGCUGGCCGUGAUCGGGUUGCUCCAGUGGGCCGGGUCGCCCACCGCCCGGCACUUCGUGCUCGGGCACGACGCGCCCAACCGCGCCUGGCCGGCCAUGAUCGCCGUGCUGCUCGGUGCCGGCCUGUCCCGUGCGCCCCGGGGCAGCUUCGCCCGCGCCCUGCUGCUCUGCUGGCUCGCCGGCACGCUGGUGCUGCGCAGCGCCUACACCGGCUCGAUGAUACGGUUUCUCCAGUCCGACCGCAAUCACACCGUGCCGGCCAACCUGCCGGCCCUGCUGGACGCCGGCUACCAGCCGUACAUGUACCGGAACUACAGCUUCGUCUUCGACGCUUACCCGCACAUCGGGCGGCGCGUCCAGCUCGUCACCGCGCACCAGUUCCGCACGGCGAUUGUCCGCCGGCUGCAGCGGCCGGGCGCGCGGCUCUGCGUACUGCUGCCGCUCGAAACGGUCACGUUUCUGAACCGGAAUCUGACGCGCACCGGCCAGCUGCUGCGCAUUGCGCGCGAGCGCGUAACCGUCGCCAAGCUGGCCAUCUACACGCAGCGGACGUCCGCGCUGCUCGGGCCGCUGAACAAGCUGCUGGAGCGGUUCGUCGCCUCCGGGCUGCUGCACCGGUGGGCCGCCCAGUACCACCAGCUGCGGUUCCUGGCCAACCCGUACCAGUACCGCGGCCGGCAGCAGCUCGUGCUCGCCGACAUGGACGGCCCGUUCGAAAUACUGCUGGUCGGGCUGGGCCUAGGCGCCGGCACCUUUCUCAUCGAUGUUCGUUUCGUCAUGCUGCUGCUGCUGCUGCUAGUGACGCUGCAACAGCACACGGCCGGCAGUGCCAUCGCCGACGAACGGCCCAAUCACAUCGACCGCUGGGUUUCCUGUAUCGGUGAGAUAGUGCUGGCCAAUGCCGACACCUUCCGGCACGAGCUAAACAUCUUCACGCUGGGUGGAGGGGAGACAGAAGAAGAGAGCCUACAUUUCGAGCACGAUCUACUGGAUCGACUCUUGGCACGGUUGGUGUACCAACACGCCGGCAAAAAACCGUUCACCUUCAACCUCGCGCCGUACGAUCGCACGGUCAGCUACAACCAGCGCAACCUGGUCCUGAUCCUGCUGCACGAUCUGCGCCAGCUCGAGCAGCACCUGCUGCCCCAGCUGGCGGCGAAGAAUGUGGAACAACGCGGCUACUUCCUGCUGCUGCUGGUGCCUUCGAACGCAACAACGACGACCACCGCGGAGAAGCACGUUGCCGCCACGUUUCGGCUGCUCUGGAGCGUCCGCCUGCACAACGUGGUGCUGGCGCUGGAACGACGACGCCCGACGACCCGGAUAGACCUGCUCGCGUACGACCCGUACGGCCCGGGGUGCUGCGGCUGCAGCCGUCCCCGCCUGCUCGCCCACUGCAACGCGCCACCCCCGCCACUGUACGAUCGGUUCGGGCGCAACCUGCACGGCUGCCAGCUGCGCAUCGCGUCGUUCGAGCGGGCCCCCUUCCUGGAGUUUGUGCACCGGCCGGGACGGAACGGGACGGCCACCGCCACCCCGAAGCUGACCGGCAUCGAGGGCAAUCUGGUGGAGCUGCUGGCCGCGCACCUCAACUUUCGCGUCGCGAUCGUGCAGCCGGCGGACGGGCGGACCUGGGGCCGCAUCUACCCGAACGGCACGGCGAACGGGGCGCUCGGGCUGCUGCUGAACGGCACCGUCCACAUGACGGUCGGCGGCUACUUCCCCUACCCGGCCCUGCUCGCCGCCACCACACAGACGCACCACUACUACACGACCGAGCUGGUGCUGGCCGUGCCGGAGGAGCUCGCGACGCUCAGCCCGCUCGAGCAGCUGCUCAAACCGUUCCAGCCCGCCAUCUGGACGGUGGUGGCGGUCGAGCUGGCGAUCGGGGCGCUCGGGACGCUACACCACCGCCGCCACCGCCUCCUGCACUUCUGGCGCACCGUCAUCGGCGAGUCGCUGCCGGGGCGCACCGUCCCACGCCGCACCGUGGCCCGGCUCGCCCUGCUGCUCUGGGUCGUGCAUGCCGCGCUGCUGCGCGAAUCGUACAAGGGCUCGCUGGUGGGCUUCCUGACCGAGCCGAACCCGCUCGCGGACAUCCACAGCCUGGAGGCGCUGGUGCAGGCCGGCUACCGGUUCGUGAUGACCGAAACGGUCUACCACACCGUGUUCGACCGGUCGAGCACGAACCGUCGGCCGCUCGCCCCGCACCAGGUGCUGCUGAUCAAGUCGGCCGACCGGCAGGCGCUGCUCGAGCGCACCAUCCGCAGCCGGGACCGGCUCGCCUUCACCAACACCCGCGAGGAGAUCGUGAAGUUUAACUCGCGCAACCGGACGGACAUCAACUACCGCACGUCGGACGAGACGCUGCUGACGUUCCACUUCGCGAUGUACUUCAAGCGAUCGAGCCCGAUCGCGGCCGCGUGCGACUGGUACAUACGGCGCGUCGUCGCGACCGGCUUCGUCGCCCGCUGGCACCACCAGCAUCUCGAUCUGCGGUUCGAGCGGCCGACGCUGGCGGGCAGCGGCCAGGCGGAGGUACUGCAGCUGCACCAUCUGCACGGCAGCUACCUGCUGCUGGCCGCCGGGCUGCUGCUUGCCACCGCCGUCUUUACCCUGGAGCUGCUGUGGGGUAGGUGGUGCGAGCGGAGGCGACGACCCGACUACCCUGGACCGUACCCUUACCUGCACGAGCUGAGUCGACAGUACCCGGUAAUAGGCCGGCGUAAACGUACGCGGCGCAUCGCCUAGCGCGUUGCCAUUAGACAUUUCCCUAUAUACAUAUGAGCGCUAUCCCUCUCUCUUCAUCUCUCUGGCUUAAUUCAAAACAUAGCAAC